GACGGGUAAUCAAGUUUGCACUCCCCCAAUUAUCCAGAAACUGCUGUUAUUUCAGGACACCAUCGUCUUUGACAGAACACAAACACAUGGGUUGGGUUUAAGAGUCUCACCAGCAAGCUGCAAAACCCAAACAAUGUUGUCUCUGGUGUCUUCGUCAUCAACACCAUCCUCAUCUUCUUCACUUUCUCAAUUCCACCAAACAUGCUUUCUUCCAUUCUUACCCCAACGCCUACUCCUUAACAGUAGUAUUUGGCAGAAAAGCCCUUCUGAGGAAUUUCAUUUCAGUACAAUAAAGUGCAGACUUGCUAGGGUUAAAGACCCUCCUCCACCGAGCCCUGAUAAUUUGAUAAAGGAACCUCACAAGUACUUUGAUCAGGUUAUGGUCACAGUUCGUGCUGGUGAUGGAGGUCAUGGUGCAGUUCUUACUAUGCCUACCCCAAAAGCUCCUUCCAAAUCACAUACGAAAUAUGAUAAGGGGAAGACAAGGAAGCGAGUUUCAUUCAAACGAGAUUUUGAUGGUUCACUUAUCCUUCCGAUGGGUGGUCAUGGCGGGGAUAUUGUAAUCUAUGUAGAUGAGGGCAGGGAUACGUUACUUGAGUUCCACAAAAAGAGUCGAUUCAGUGCAAAACGUGGAGGGAAUGUUGAUGCUAUGAGUAUUUUGACAUCUCAUCUAAGCAAUGGAUCUGCUGGCCCAUCAUUACGUAUUCCGGUACCCCCAGGGACGGUUGUAAAACAUAAACGAGGGAAGUUUUUGGCUGAUCUGGCACGCCCGGGUGAUGAAAUUCUUGUUGCAAGGGGUGGACAAGGAGGGAUCAGCUUAUUGGAAAUGCCAGACCACAAAAAAAAGAAAAUGAUGACUAUGACAUCAAAUGUAAUGAGAGAUGAAAGUGAUAAGGUUCUACUUCUUGGUCAGCCUGGGGAGGAAGUUAGUUUGCAGUUGAUACUAAGAGUAGUAGCUGAUGUCGGGCUUGUUGGACUUCCAAACGCUGGAAAGUCUACCUUACUGGCAGCCACUACCCUUGCCAAACCUGAUAUUGCUGAUUAUCCAUUCACAACCUUGAUGCCCAAUCUUGGACGCCUCGAUGGAGACCCUAGUUUAGGUGCAGGAAAAUAUUCAUCUGAAGCAACAUUAGCUGAUCUGCCUGGUCUUAUUGAAGGUGCACAUCUGGGAAAGGGUCUUGGCCGCAAUUUCUUGAGGCACCUGAGAAGAACUCGAUUAUUAGUCCAUGUGGUGGAUGCUGCUGCAGACGAUCCUGUAAACGACUACAGGACUGUUAAAGAAGAAUUGCGUAUGUACAAUCCUGAUUAUCUCGAAAGACCUUCCAUUGUGGUACUAAAUAAGAUCGAUAUUCCUGAGGCAUUUAACAAGCUUCCGUAUUUGAAGGAAGAAAUAAUGAGAAUAGGAAGUGAUGAGCCAAGUGCUCAAGUUGAUUUGAACUCUGAAGAUACACUUCAAUCACCUUCCUCAUCUAAUAUGGAACAAAAAGAUAAUCUCUCUUCAGAGAUCUCUGAGAAGGCUAGAAGAAUCAAAGAAAUUGAGGAAUAUCCCCGUCCAAAUGCUGUUGUGGGGGUCAGUGUUUUAAAAGGAACUAAUAUCAAUGAAAUGCUGAAGGAAAUAAGGGCGGCCUUGCGCAAAUGUAGUGAUCCCAAUGAAGUGUUAAACAAGUAGAGCAAUAUCAUGAGAAUCAUUCAUAUGUUCGUCUUAGAAUAUAUAUCUGUUUGUCCUCUCCCUCUGAGAUCUAGCAAAUACGAACAGAUCAAGGAACACAAAUGAUAUAUGUUUAACUAUUUAUUUUGAUUAGAUGGCAUCAAUGGCAGGUCAUGCAUUUACAAUA